CAACGUUGUACGCUUUGCCGUCCUAGAGACACACAGACACUUAGAUACUAGCGGACAGGAUGCUGACGGACCUUCAGAUCGUGGCCAUUGCGGUGACGGGCGUGACGCUAGUGCUGAUGAUUAUGGCAGCGCGUGUGAUGCUGCCCAAGAAGACGGACGAGGUGGACGAGUCGUUGCAGGCCAUGAUCAAUGGCUUCGACUUUGCAUUGCCGGACGAGGUGGAGGAGUACCGCAAGGGCAAGGAGGAGCACCCGGAGGAUACGGACAAAUGCUUCCAGUUGCUGUUCCGCCGCGCUGUGGCCGACAUUCCGCUAAUUCGCAAGAUCCAGUCGGAGAGCUCGGGCAUCCAGCGCCUGAAGAAGAACGACAUCCUCAAGGACGGCUCUUUCCUCAGCUAUAAACUGGCGGAGGAAAUGAUUAAUGACGAGAUCAAUGAGGUCCGCAGAGAAGCUGAGGAGCUCAAGCCUGGUGAGGGCUGGCCCGACAAAAUCUUCCCUCAGGCCGUGCAGUUUAUGAACCAUAUUGCUGAGCAGCAAAUGGCGGCACAGCGUAAGGCGGCAGAGGCACAGAUGAAGGCCACGCAGGCAGCGCGUGCUAAGGCCAUGGCACAAGCAGAGGCUGCUGAGACUGCCGUUAAGAACAUUGAGGCACAAGUAGCGGCUAAGGAGAGCGAGGAGGAGACGCUGCGGAAGAGAAAGUAGACGACUGCGGGCGCCUCUGCCUUCACCCGUAAAUGCCUCUUUUUGGACCGCAUUUUGUGAGAUAGACAGUUUCGUUUGAUCAAAUUUGUGUCGUUUACUCUUUU